AUGGAAUUCACUCUGCAACCAGUACCCGCUUCGUUUGACACAGCCCAGUGCAAGGCUGUUGUGCAUGCUGGGAUCAGUGAGCCCGCAGUUGGUCACGUCGACGCAGUGGGCAGCCACUACAAAUCGUACCUCCGGCGGCGCGAGCACAACCUGACCGAGCUCGAUGAUUACGAUACGCACAUUCUCCCUGCGCAGCUGGAGAGGGCCCGACUCGAUGCUGACUCGGCAGCUGCCGAGAAGUUCAUAGUCGACCCGGCUGACCCGCAACUCCUGUACCUGGACCCGAUUCGGUGGAAAGAGCAGGACCACUACCGCGUGCUGGGGCUGGGCUCGCUGCGUCACAGGGCGACGCCAGCGCAGAUCAAGAAAGCGCAUCACCAGCGUGCGCUCGAAUUCCAUCCGGAUAAGCGCGCAGCUUUGGGCAAUGCCCACGACGACAACUUCUUCAAGUGUGUGCAGAAGGCGUACGAGGUGCUGAGCGACCCAAUCAAGCGCCGGCAGUACGACUCGGUCGACCCGGCGAUAUCCGAUGAGCUCCCCAAGGCAAAGCUAGACGACGUACAGUCCUUCUUUGAUACCUACGGUUCUGUGUUUGAGCGCGAAGGCCGGUUCUCGAAGCGGCAGCCCGUGCCUUCGCUCGGCGACUUUGACGCGCCGCGGGAGCAGGUCGAGGCGUUCUACCGGUUCUGGACUGGGUUUGACUCGUGGCGGUCGUACGAAUAUCUGGACAAGGAGAAGGAGGCGACCGAGAAUCGCGAGGAAAAGCGAAGGAAGGACAACAAGCGCAUCACCACACUAGUGGAGCAGGCUAUGGCAGCGGACCCACGGAUCGAAAAGUACAAGGAGGAGGAGCGCAAGGAAAAGGAGCUCAAGCGCAUUGCCCGCGAGACCGCGGCAAAGAAGGCCGAGAUGGAGAAGCAGAAGGCCGAGGAAGAGAAGCGUCGGAUCGCGCUGGCAAAGGAAGAGGAAGAGCGCAAGCAGGCCGCUGAGGAGAAGCGCAUGCACAAGAAGGCUGUGCGCGAGCUAUACCAGGCUGUCAGCUAUCUGGUCAACAACACGCAGCAGACGACGUCGAUGACACGUACAUCGCGCGAAUCCGAAGUUGAUAUGCUUUUGGACAGCCUGUCGCAUGAAGCUACCGUGAAGCUGCGUGACGCUCUCAGGGAAUGCAAGAACGACCAUAGCAAGAUCCAGGCCCUGACUGCCACCGCGAUCACCAGCAUCAUCGAGAAGAACCCGGCAGUGGCCAUCAGCUUCUCGUCGUUUCGCGACCGCCAACUAAAGCAGGCUGGGCAGGUUUCGGCGUCGAAGCAGCGCGAGUGGACAGCCGAGGAGCUUGAGCUGCUCAUUAAGGCCACCAACAAGUUCCCUGGCGGCACAUUGAACCGCUGGGAGACAAUCGGCAAGUGGCUUUCGCAGCACGGCGGAUUCCCACGACGCUCGGGCGAUGAGCUCUUGCACAAGACGAACGAGCUGCGCAAGGGCAGCAGGACAGGAGGCGGCAUGCUGGUCAAAGAGCUGCAGAACAAGAAAGCCAACCACGACGACGAGCGCAUGGCCAACGAGGCAUCGAUCAGGUAUGAUGGACCGGUCCUGCAGAAGGCGGCUGAGAAGAAGGAGACGAAGCCUGAGCGGCCUUGGGCGCCCCAGGAGCAGACACAGCUGGAACGAGCACUCCAGGCGUACCCGCCUUCGUACAAAGCCCCGGACCGUUGGGACAAGAUUGCCGAGGCUGUGGUGGGUCGGACCAAGAAGGAGUGCAAGCUGCGGGUCAAGUACCUGGCUGAGCAAGUCCGUGCAAAGAAGGCUGCUGCAGCAGGGGCCUAG